AUGUCCUGGUGUACCAUCGAGUCCGACCCCGGCGUGUUCACCGCCCUCAUCGAGGACAUCGGCGUCAAGGGCGUGCAGGUGGAGGAGCUCUACACGCUGGACGAGCAGCAGUUCGCCGACCUAUCGCCCGUGUACGGGUUGGUCUUCCUCUUCAAGUACGAGUCCAACCAUGGGGAAGACGCCGAGCCGCCCGUGUUCGCCAGCGAGGAGGACGGGCUGUUCUUCGCCAAGCAGGUGAUCAGCAACGCCUGCGCCACGCAGGCCAUCCUGUCCAUCCUGCUCAACUGCCAGGACAUCGAGCUGGGCGAGACGCUGAGCGAGUUCAAGGCCUUCACGGGCGACUUCCCGUCGGACCUCAAGGGCCUGGCCAUCUCCAACAGCGACAAGAUCCGGCUGGCGCACAACUCGUUCGCGCGCGCCGAGCCCUUCGUCGUGGAGGAGCGCAAGGACACGGAGGACGACGACGUCUACCACUUCGUGGCGUACGUGCCGGUGAAUGGCAAGGUGUACGAACUGGACGGUCUGCGCGAAGGUCCGAUCUGUCUGGGGGAGGUCCCGGACGCGGCGAACCGCGACUCGUGGCUGCAGGUGGCGUGUCCGGUGAUCCAGAAGAGGAUCGAGAAGUACGCGGCGUCGGAGAUCCGCUUCAAUCUGCUCGCGCUGGUGCGCAAUCGAAUACAGACGUACGAGGAGCAGCUCCAGGCGAUCAUUGAGGCCGGUGGGAGCGAGCAGCAGGCGGCCCAGAUCCAAGCGGAUCUGGGGUUCGAGCAGCAGAAGCGGGAGAACUGGGCGCUGGAGAACAAGCGCCGCAAGCACAACUACAUCCCGUUCAUCAUCCAACUGCUCAAGACGCUGGCCGAGAAGAAGCAGCUGGAGCCGCUGAUCAAGCAGCAGCUCGACGCCCGAAACGCUGCUGCCAACGCCAAUGCAGCGAAGCCUACAAGCGCACAGUAA